AUGGAUGGUAACAUACCAGCUACGGCAAAAGACGACAAAGAAAUCGAGGUCGUGGCUUCUAAUGUAGGCUCCAUCUCCCCGGGGAAAAGCCAGGCUCUACAGCCCCCUGAAUAUGUUCGUCAAAUGAGCCCAGAGGAGAGGCAAAAGGCAGAGGCUGCUUUGCGAAAGAAAAUUGACCUUCGCCUGAUGCCCAUGAUUGUGAUCAUGUAUAUCUUGAACUAUCUGGAUCGCAAUAACAUUGCCGCUGCGAGGCUGGCUGGCAUGGAGAAAGAAUUGAAUCUCUCAAGUACAGAGUAUUUGACAGCCGUCAGCAUUUUGUUCGCCGGCUACACAGUCAUGCAAGUCCCCUCGAACAUCUUUCUCAACAAGAUUGGCAAGCCAGCACUUUAUCUUCCAACGGCAAUGAUAAUCUGGGGGACGAUCUCUACCGCGACUGGCGCGACACAGAACUUUACUGGGCUGCUUGUCUGUCGGCUCUUCCUUGGGAUCAUUGAAGCCGCAUUCUUUCCCGGGUGCAUAUAUUUUCUUUCAUGCUGGUACACACGCACCGAGCUUGGGUUUCGCACUGCCAUUCUGUACUCGGGGGCUUUGAUCUCAGGGGCAUUCUCUGGUCUCAUCGCUGCUGGUAUCGUAGACGGCAUGGAUGGGGUCCACGGAUUGCUGGCGUGGCGGUGGUUGUUCAUAAUUGAAGGCGCUAUCACAGUGGCCAUUGCGGUAUGCGGUUACUUCAUUCUGCCAAACUUUCCGAGGACAACCAAAUGGCUUUCAGAAGAAGAAAUUCAGCUUGCGGUAUGGCGUCUCGAAGAAGAUGUCGGUGAAGAUGACUGGAUCGACAGUAAGCAGCAAAGCCUCUGGCAUGGGCUCGUGCUUGCCCUUACGGAUGCUAAGACUUAUACGUUUGUCACCAUGCUAUUCGGAAUCACGGUCUCUGGAGGAGUAACGCUGGUGUUUCCUACAGUCGUUAGCACUCUUGGUUAUAGCAGGAUUCCAACCCUACUCCUGACCGUUCCUCCAUAUGUCCUAUGCACCAUCACUUCUCUGCUGAAUGCAUGGCACGCCGAUCGGAGCGGUGAAAGAUACCUCCACAUCGCCAUCCCAUGUGUCUUUACUGCCAUCGGCAAUAUCAUCUUGGCCACAACAACUGGGUUAGGCCCGCGCUACUUUGCUAUAAUGGUCAUAAUCCCUGGCAUCUACACCGGCUAUGUGGUAAUUCUAGCAUGGAUAUCUAAUUCAAUUCCUCGGCCGCCUGCCAAAAGAGCUGCCGCUAUUGCAUUUAUCAGUGGUUCUUCACAGACAGCGAGCAUCUGGACAAGCUACAUGUAUCCCACCUCAGCGGGGCCGAAGUUCACGGUUGCUUACUCAGUCAACACCGCCGCAGCAAUCCUGGUUAUUCUUGCGGCAACUUGCUUAAGAGUCAUUCUUGUUCGGUUGAACCGAAAGCUCGAUCGUGGUAUCCAUGUGGCGGAUGCCAUCAAUGCACACACUGAUACUGCAGAGUCUGGCAUCCCAGCCGUCGGUGCCCAACGGGGCUUCAGGUUCCGAGUUUAG